CUACAACAACAACAGUUUUUGUUUGUUUACAAAUAGCGUUCUGACACAUUUUGUAUUCAUGAAAUGUCUGCAGCUCGACCAUACAAGGUUUGGAGUUCUGACAGACAGAUCAAGAAGUCAGUCACAGCCUCUACCCUUGCGGAUUUUAUAACCAAAGCAAAAGAGAAGCUUGGAUUCAGUUCAGACCGACCGGUCACAGUUGUGUUUGAGGCCGACGGCACUGAAGUGGACGAGGAUGACUAUUUCCAGUUCCUGCCAUUCAACACGACCCUUAUGCUACUUGGUUCUGGUGACGCAUGGAAAAGUCAGUCUGAAGCUGUGGGCAGAGAUGAGCCUGACUAUAUGAUGCCGGAUGGGAGAGAGGUGUCUGACAGACUUAGGCAGCUGGCUACAGGAUUGAAAAGGGAGAUAACCAGACUCAUCACCUUCUCAAAUGAUGAUCUAACAGAGCUAGCCCAGAUGUCUACAUCAGCACUAGCAACUCUCCUUGGGGAGACAGAGACCUAUGCACAGGCUGUGCAGGAGGCAUGUCAGCGCCACCUGGAUGAACGUGCACAGACUUCAGAGGCCAUGGAGCUGCUCAAACUGUACCACAAGGCGCGUGAGCACAGUCCGUAUGUGGAGGGGGAGGAGACGGUGAAACGACAGAAGUUUGCUAACACUUAGAGGAGUUGAUGGGAGUAAAAUAUCAUUAGACAGUGUCAACAUUCCAUUAUAAUUAAGCUCUGUGAAAAGGGGUUUAAUGCAUGUGCGUAAAGUGUUGUUCCAGAUUAGCUUAUCAUGGACGACACUUUCAGCUUAAACCGAUUUUUUGCUAAGUAGAGACUAUAUUUAAAUAAAAGCAGAAAGUGUUGUCCCUGAUUAGCCUGUGUGGACUGCACAGGCUAAACUGGGACGACACUUUACCAACAUGCAUUAAACCCCAUUUUACCUGAGCACGGCUCAAUUAUAUUUAUCAGGAUAGGAACCCAGUAGUUAAGAUUGUGAUAUAUCAUAAGAAAGUUUCAAUAUUUUAUUAUACUCAAAUUUGAAAUCAAGGUCGUUCAAAUUCCCAGUUUGUUAUUCUGUCUACAAAAUGUUUUAAGUUUGUUGGGCAAACAUCUAGAUACAUGUAUCUCAAGCAAUUCUAUUGAAACUUGAAAUAUGUCAUCAUGAUCAAUCAGGGUAGAUUUGCAAGACACAAUUUUCCUUUGCGCGGUAUAAUUCACAUUUCAGGCAUAGCUCUAGGUAUUUACAUGUGUUUGACCUGGGAGUCCAUCUCAUGAUGCAUUGUUAGAAUCAUUUAAGUUAAUAUGCAAUUUCAAAAAUUGGCAUAAGAUCAUUGAUAAAGACAGGUGGUUGUUCUCAGGGGAGAUCUUCAAAUGUUUUUUGCAAUUUGUCAUUAGGGAAGAUCUUGCAGUGGUGAUUUUCAAUACGUUAACAUCCCAUGGAAACUGUGCUGAGAAAUUUUAUAUGAAAUUCCUAGGAGAGUUUAGGUCUUUCCAAGUCAGAGCCACAUUUCUCGGACAUAAAAUCACAUGUAUUUUUUUUAUAUGAUUUAUAUUUUAUAACUUUACAUUUAGCAUUUUAGCUAUUUUUGACAUAUUCAUUGUUUGACAAAUUUAGCUUUGCAGACUUUGCAUUUAAAACUACUUUUUUAUUUUAAGCUCAUCUAUUUUUUGAAAAAAAAUUAUGAGCUAUUGUCAUCAACUUGGCGUCGAUGUCGACGUCGGCGUCCGAUUAAGUUUUGCGUUUAGGUACACUUUUCUCAUAAAGUAUCAAUGCUAUUGCAUUCAAACUUGGUACACUUACUAACUAUUAUGAGGGGACUGGGCAGGCAAAGUUAGAUAAUUCUGGCUUGCAUUUUGACAGAAUUAUGUGCCCUUUUUUUUACUUAGAAAAUUGAAAAUUUUGGUUUAGUUUUGUGUUUAGGUCCAUUAUAUUCCUUAAGUAUCAAAGUUAUUGCUUUCAUACUUGCAACACUUACUAACUAUCAUAAGGGGACUGUGCAGGCAAAGUAAUGUAACUCUGACUGGCAUUUUGACAGAAUUAUGUGCCCUUUUAUACUUAGAAAAUUGCAAAUUUGGUUAAGUUUUGUGUUAAGGUCCACUUUUUUCCUAAAGUAUCAAAGCCAUUGCUUUCAUACUUGCAACACUUACUAACUAUUGUAAGGGGACUGUGCAGGCAAAGUUAUGUAACUCUGACUGGCAUUUUGACAGAAUUAUGUGCCCUUUUUAUACUUAGAAAAUUAAAAAUUUAGUUAAGUUUUGUGUUUAGGUCCACUUUUUUCCUAAAGUAUCAGAGCCAUUGCUUUUAUACUUGCAACACUUACUAACUAUCGUAAGGGGACUGUGCAGGCAAAGUGAUGUAACUCUGACUGGCAUUUUGACGGAAUUAUUGGCCCUUUUUACUUGAAAACUUGUUAAGUUUUGUGUUUUGGUCCACUUUACCCCUAAAGUAUUAUAGAUAUUGCUUUCAUACUUGGAACACUCGCAAACUAUCAUAACGGGACAGUAGAGGACAAGUUGCAUAACUCUGGUUGUCAUUUUCACCGAAUUAUGGCCCUUUUUUGACUUAGUAACUUUGAAUAUAUGGUUACAUUUUGUGUUUAGAUUCACUUUACUUCUAAAGUAUCAAGGUUAUUGCUUUUAAACUUUAAAUACUUUCAUGCUAUCAUGAUGGUACUGUACCUGGCAAGUUAAAUUUUACCUUGACCUUUGAAUGACCUUGACCCCCCCCCCCCGAA